AGAGCGCGGCCGCGGUGCGUGGCCAGGAGCGGUCGCCUAGGGGCUGCACCGCCGCUCGCACAGUACACCGGACGCUCAGCCACGGGCACCCGACGGCAUUGCUCUGCGUUCCUCUCACUGCGGCCCGCGCCCUGCCAGCCACCUACGCUAGGUCUCCGCGCAUCCCGGGCUUCCGAUGGCCCCCGAGGCCAGGGCGUCCCCGCGCCUGCUGCUCAGGGCGGCACUGCUGCUCCUGGCGGCGCUGUUACCAGUGGCUACCUCAGCAGGACCCCCAGUUGACCACCCACUGAAGCCAAGGCAUGUGAGACUGCUGUCCACUAACAUGGGCCUGAAGGUCACAUGGGACCCACCCAAAGACGCUUCCAGUAGACCGGUGGAGUAUUACAACAUUGCCUAUGGGAAGUCACUGAAAAAUCUUAAGUCCAUCAAGGUGAAUGCGGAGACGCACUCCUUCCUUAUUAAGGACGUGGAGCCGGGGGUGGUGUACUUCGUGCUGGUUACCGCAGAGAACCACAGCGGAGUGAGCCGCCCCGUUUACAGAGCUGAGAGCCCACCCGGAGGUGAAUGGAUCAAGAUAGAUGGUUUUCCCAUCAAGGGUCCAGGACCAUUUAAUGAGACCGUCACAGAAAAGGAAGUGCCCAACAAGCCCUUGCGUAUGCGUGUCCGAGCCUCAGACGACAGGCUGUCCGUUGCAUGGAAGGCACCACGCCUGUCUGGAGCCAAGAGCCCACGAAGAUCUCGGGGUUUUCUUCUGGGCUACGGGGAAAGUGGCCGGAAGAUGAAUUAUGUCCCACUGACCAGAGAUGAGAGAUCACAUGAAAUUAAAAAGCUCGCCUCUGAGUCGGUGUAUGUGGUCUCCCUGCAGUCCACGAACUCCCAGGGGCAGAGUCAGCCCGUCUAUAGGGCUGCCCUCACAAAGCGCAAGCAUGCAGAAGAGGAUGAACUGGACGUGCCUGAAGACAUUAGUGUCCGGGUCAUGUCAUCUCAGUCCGUGCUCGUGGCCUGGGUGGAUCCUCUUGUGGAAAAACAGAAGAGAGUUGUUGCAUCAAGACAGUACACUGUGCGUUACCGAGAGAAGGGGGAGUCGGCCAGGUGGGAUUACAAGCAAGUCUCUAACAGGCGUGUCCUGGUGGACAGCCUGAUCCCAGACACCGUGUAUGAAUUCGCAGUCCGGAUUUCACAAGGGGAACGAGAUGGCAAGUGGAGUGCAUCCAUCUUCCAGAGAACGCCGGAAUCGGCUCCCACCACUGCACCUGAGAACCUGAGAGUCUGGCCAGUCAGUGGCAAGCCAACAGUUGUCACCGUAUCCUGGGACACAUUGCCAGAGUCUGAGGGGAAAGUGAAAGAAUACAUUCUUUCAUAUGCCCCGGCUCUCAAACCAUUUGGAGCAAAGUCCCUCACCUUCUCUGGACACACUACUUCUGCCCUCGUGGAUGGUCUGCAGCCUGGGGAACGCUAUCUGUUCAAAAUCCGGGCCACAAACAGGAGAGGCCCGGGGCCACACUCCAAAGCCUUCAUUGUCGCUAUACCAACAACCAGUUCUACUGAGGCCAGUGCCCAGCCAGAUGGGAGAGACAGCAGCAGGAAACCUGAGAAACUGCAGCAGCCUUCUUCCCCAGCUCCCAAAGUUGCCGCUUCCUCAAAACACACGCCGUCAGCCAAAAAUGUCAAGGAUGCUCUCUCAGACUUGAACAAAAUCCGAACUAAUGGUGUGGUACCUGGAAAAACCCAGCUUCACUCUAAAAUGGGAGAGCUGGAUCCGCAGUCUACAGAAGUCACUGGCGAGGAGGAACUGGAUUCCCUUGAAGAUCCUCGUUCAUCACGGUUGGAGACCCUAAACCAGAAGCAACCCUUGAGGGUACCAAGUAGAUCUGGUCAUGGGGUUCUGGCUCCUGGUAGGACUCCAGCCAGGACUGGCCUGCCAGUGCUGCCCCGCAAGGAAGUGAUGGAUAGGCGUGGCCCCUCAUUAGACCCCCAUCUUCGUCCAAGGGUUGAACCUUCAGCUUCUUCAGCCUACCACCAGCUCAGCUCUAUAGACAAUGAUUCUGUGGACCAAAAUGAAUAUGAUCAAGCAGUAUCCCCUGACCCUAAAGCUGCCUCUUCCUUGUCAUCUCCCAAGAAUCCAGCCAGGUCCAGGCCAACUUCCGUCCCUAGCCGCCAUGCGGCUUCUAACAUGCUCAGAGACAAAAGCCGGAUGCACCCGGGUACAAAGGCAUCAUCAUUAUCUGCAUCGAGCCAGUCCCAUUCUUCCACCAGCGAGGAAGAUUCCAGCGCUGCAGCCCAACCCCGGAGACAUUUCCUACGGCAGGGAGGAUCCUCUCGACCCGCACUUUCUAGGGAUCGCCAGGAUGCCCAUGCCUCUGGUUCCAGUACACCUUCCCAAACUGUCAGCUCUUCUCAUCCCUCUGCCCUGACAGAGGGCUCUGAGGAAGAGGACACUUCUGAUGGUGGGGCGGAUAUUGACAGAGCUGCAGGAGACACCAGAAGGCGAGCUGAGGCCACUGCUCAGAUCCAACAGACCCGGCCUGCCUUGGGACACUUUAGUUUGAUACGGAAUAAGCCCUUCCCUGCCCACAGCAGAAAUCCAAACAGGUUCCCCAAACUCCGCGGACCAAGGCUUCAGCCCUCUAGGUCUCCCCAGUCUACCUCAGCCUCGAAAGUCCUCACCAGGGCUCCUUCGCUGCCAGCAUCCCACACUAGGCCUGGCUCUGAUGUUUAUGGAGACGGUGAGGAUGAAGAGCCACUUCCAGCCACCGUGGUCAACGAUCGUACACCUUCCUCUUCCAGUCACCCAAUCUCUGGGGGCUCAGACACUCUGAGAAGAGGCUCCCAGAGAGGGGCCAGCUUGUACGGGAAGGAACCCAUCCCAGAAAACUCCAAAGCUGCUGGAGCGGAUGUACAUCCAGGAGGCAAAUCCCCUCUGUCCUCCAAGGCUCAGGGCUUUCAACUGAGCACAGAUGAGGGUGCUCCUCAAACACCCCCAUCAUCCACCAGCCGCCAGCUGUCCCCUGCUAGACAUCCAGCAUCGAGAUCACAGCCCUCCCCUGGGUCCACUGUUCCCAGAAGAAUGGCACCAGGUCGCAGCUCAGAGCUCUCUAGUUCUCAGAGCAAGGAUAGGUCACUUUCCCAGCCCAAGUUGUCUCUUGCUCACACAGGGCCUGACCGCCCACACGCAGCAAACUCCCGUGGGGUGCUCCCCUCGGCUCCCCAGAAUCAGAAUGAGGGUUCCCAGAGCAGCUACGAGGACAACAGCACUGAAAUUGAAGGCCCAGACCCUCGGGCUCCCACUCACACCGCUCACGCCAAGGAUACCACCCCAUCCAUUCUCAAACCUCAGGAGAAGGGCUCCCAGCCAGGGAACAGUGGCAACCGACCUCAGCCCAGCCAUUCAGGAGCCUCUGAGAGACCCAUCCGGCCUGGCAGCACCCACCCACGGGUCCAGGUUCCUGGCAGGGCUGGGGUCCAGGCCACACCAGCAAAGAAGAUCUCGCCUUCCAAGCAUCCUCUGCCACCUGAAUCUCAGCAAUCAGUCUUCGCUGAGGAGGAAGAGGAAAAUGAAGGGACUUUAAAAGGCAAGGAAGACUCUCUGUCUACCUCAGUUAAAAAGUGGCCUUCUUCCUCCUCCCCCCGGAACAACAAAUAUGCAGACAGGAACCUUGACAGAGACAAGGCUGCCAUUGGGCAACUUGUGCAGGAAGAAAACAGCAUUCCUGGAAGGCGAUCACCAGGCAGCCCCCCAAUAGCCUCACAUCCACCUACCUGGUACCAGCCUAGAAACCCUUCCACUGCAAGUCCCAGCGCAAGCACGCACUCCUGGCCAAGGUAUACCACCCGGGCCCCUUCCACCUACUCUUCCACGACACCAAUGCUGUCUUUGCGGCAGCGGAUGCAGCGUAGGUUCCGGACGCCUGUCUCACGCCAGCCUCCACCGAGACCAGUGCUUACAUCAGGUUAUAACGGAAGGGCAAAUGUUGGCGAGAACAACAUUCCAAUACCUCCUGGUAGUAUUGGAAAACCAAACGGUCAGAGAAUUAUCAAUGGUCCUCAAGGAACAAAGUGGGUUGUAGACCUGGAUCGCGGCUUGGUGUUGAAUGCAGAAGGGCGGUACCUGCAAGACUCACAUGGUAACCCUCUCCGGGUGAGGCUCGGGGGAGAUGGUCGCACCAUCGUGGAUCUGGGAGGAACCCCUAUGGUGAGUCCUGAUGGCCUCCCUCUCUUUGGGCAGGGGAGACAUGGCAAACCUGUGGCCAGUGCCCAGGAUAAACCCAUCUUGAGUCUCGGAGGGAAGCCCUUAGUGGGCUUGGAGGUGAUCAAAACCACCACCUACCCUCCUACCACAACCAUGCUUCCACCUACAACAACCACCACUGUGCCGACCACUACAACCCGGCCGCCUACAACCACCACCACCACCACCCGCCGCACAACCACCCGCCGCACAACCACUACCAGGCAUCCCACAACUACAAUUCGAGCUACUCGAAGGACAACGACCACUACCACCACUCCAGAACCUACCACCCCUUCUCCUACUUGUCCCCCUGGGACCCUGGAACACCAGGAUGAAGCCGGCAACCUUAUAAUGGGCUCAAAUGGAAUCCCAGAGUGCUACCCCGAGGAAGAUGACUUCUCAGGCCUGGAGACUGACACUGCACUACCCACAGAAGAGGACUAUGUUGUAUACGAUGACGAUUAUGGAUUUGAGACCACAAGGCCACCGACCAGCACCAUGCUCUCAACCACUGCUGCCACACCGAAGGUCAUCCCAGAGCAGGGCACGGUCAGCUCCUUCCCAGAGGAAGAAUUUGACCUUGCUGGAAAGAGGAGAUUUGUUGCUCCUUAUGUCACAUACCUCAGUAAAGACCCAACAGCCCCGUGCUCCCUGACUGAUGCUCUGGACCAUUUCCAAGUGGAAAGCCUGGACGAACUCAUUCCAAACGACCUGACAAAGAGUGAUCUGCCUCCUCAGCAUGCUCCCCGGAACAUUACUGUGGUCGCCAUGGAAGGCUGCCACUCCUUUGUCAUUGUGGACUGGAACAAAGCCAUCCCUGGAGAUGUGGUAACAGGAUACCUGGUCUACAGCGCCUCUUAUGAGGACUUCAUCCGGAAUAAAUGGUCAACUCAGACCUCGUCAGUGACCCAUCUGCCCAUUGAGAACUUGAAGCCAAACACAAGGUAUUACUUCAAAGUUCAAGCCAAAAACCCUCAUGGCUAUGGGCCUGUCAGCCCUUCAGUCUCAUUUGUUACAGAAUCAGACAAUCCUUUGCUGGUUGUGAGGCCACCAGGUGGUGAGCCCAUCUGGAUCCCAUUCGCUUUCAAGCAUGACCCUGGCUACACUGAUUGCCAUGGUCGGCAGUAUGUGAAACGAACAUGGUACAAAAAGUUUGUGGGAGUCGUUCUUUGUAAUUCUCUAAGGUAUAAGAUCUACCUCAGUGACAAUCUCAAAGACACAUUCUACAGCAUUGGAGACAGCUGGGGAAGAGGUGAAGACCACUGUCAGUUUGUGGAUUCGCACCUGGAUGGAAGAACAGGGCCUCAAUCUUAUAUAGAAGCCCUCCCCAACAUUCAAGGCUACUAUCGCCAGUACCGCCAGGAGCCUGUCAGCUUUGGACACAUUGGUUUUGGAACCCCCUAUUACUAUGUGGGUUGGUACGAAUGUGGAGUCUCCAUCCCAGGGAAGUGGUAACCACAGGAUGGGCCUGCUGCAAGUUCAUCCUUCCGGCCUGUGUGACUAACCUGCGCUAGGGAUUCUGGGCAAAAGAAAGACAGUGUUCCAAGCCCGCUGCCCCAGUGUGUCAAGAGGCCACAGGGUGGACAUGGCAUUUGAGCCUCUUCAGUCAGAAUUCGGCCACAUUUCUUGGUCUGAACUAUAAAUACAAUUCAGUUUUGCUGGAACUUCACUUCUCCUCUGCACUUUGAUCAUUUGUAAUCACACCUUCCAGAGACAUCAACCCUGCAGCGGAUCCAGUGUGAUUUCCAGACUCUCCAGGCACAAAACCUGAACACUCUGGGAUCUCCAGGGAACAGCACUGGCGUGCUCUGCUGGCUUCACAGAACGCUCUCUGCUCCUCUCUUCUUCGAAUCAGCCAACUUUAAGCUUCACACGUCUUUGUAUGAAGUAGAAUUGAAUUACUGGAAUUACGGAAGGAAGUAUACCCUCUUUGAGAUUUAUCCUAAAGACCUAUCCAUCAUGGGGCUAAGUGCCUCAGUUCUUAUUUGUAAAUUCUCAAUUUUGAUAUAUAUAUGUGUGUGUGUGUAUAUAUGCAUAUACAUAUUCACACUCAUCAAGAAUACUGAUUAAACUUGAGCUAAAUUUAGAGUUGUUCUUUAGAUGAAUGUGUGCAAGAC